UCAGUCUCCUCGCGAUGCUCUGGCGUUGAUCUUCGCCGAUCUUCACGUGCUAACCGAGAAAUAUGGAAAAUUUUAUAAUGACAUACCGCAAAAAUAUGUGAACGGUUUCAAAAACAAUAAUAAUUAAUACUCAAUGACCAAUAAAACAAUAGCAAUGUGUAAUUGAUGGACUUGCUGCCAUGACCAAAAUAUAAUUAGCAGCAAAUAUAUAAACAGUGCAUCAAGGCAAAAUUCGUUUAUUCCAGUGGGCGUGGCCGGUGGGCGUGUGUGUGUGUUUUGGCCGCUGACAAAAGUGCAAUUGGAAUCGGAUUCGAGCGAAGAUACGGAAAAUCGGGGCAACACAACCGAUACGGACCAAACUCAAGUGGCCAGGAUAGGCGGCGAAAAGGAGGCGAAGGCGGAGGCGGAGGCGGCUGUGGAGGCGUGGUGGCAGUCAUGACAAUGUCCUCGACGUCGACAGCGACUGCGACGUCGACAGCGACUGCGACGCUGGACGAGGCGAACGCCACUGUUGGCGAAAUGUUUUCGGAUGCGGAUAUGGCGGAAGUGCGGCAUGUUGUCCAACGCAUUUUGGUGCCGUGCGUUUUUGUUAUUGGACUAUUGGGAAAUUCAGUGAGCAUUUAUGUUUUGACGCGAAAGCGCAUGAGAUGCACGACGAACAUAUAUCUAACGGCACUGGCCAUUACGGAUAUUGCCUACCUGACGUGCCAGUUAAUCCUGUCACUCCAGCACUAUGACUAUCCCAAGUAUCAUUUCAAGCUCUACUGGCAGCUCUAUGGCUAUUUUGUCUGGCUGUGCGACAGUUUCGGUUACAUCUCAAUUUACAUAGCCGUGUGCUUCACCAUCGAGAGAUUCAUUGCGAUACGCUAUCCGCUCAAGAGGCAAACAUUCUGCACGGAAUCGCUGGCCAAAAAGGUGAUAGCAGCGGUGGCCAUCUUCUGUUUGCUGUCCACACUAUCGACGGCAUUCGAGCAUACAAUUACGAUUGGUACUAGGCAGAUUGAUGACGCCUACCAGCCGUGCAACCAAACGGUGGCCAACAUCUCGCCCAUGCCGCCGCCACCCGUGGCAGUCACGCCCCCACUGGCCACGCCCCCGCUGCCCACGCCGGCGACCAUUUGGCAAUCGCCGGACUCCGCCAUGGAGUCCACGACGUCCGGCAGCUCUAAUCAGCUCGUCGACUGGGGCAGUGGCAGUGGUGAUGGAGAGCCAGAGAACAUUCCACGACAUCGCCGUCACUGGCAGUCAUCUGGAUUUGUGACGCUGCCCACACUGAGAAAAACGCUGGAGGAGCAGGAUCAGAAGGUGGCAGACGCGGCCCAGAGGUCAGGGGUCACAGAGAGUUUGCUGCAAUUGUGGCGUCGCAAGCGCAGCGCUGAGAAUCACAACAUCAACAAUACGGAUGCAUUCGCAUUUAACGUAACGGAAUACUGUCAAAAUGUGACCUAUUACAAUCAUGGUCUUUCGGAACUGGGCUAUGAUGAGCUAUACAGCUAUCUGUGGAACCUGUUCACCCUGCUGGUCUUCGUGGUAUUCCCCCUACUUCUAUUGGCCACCUUCAACUCCAUUCUCAUUCUAUUGGUUCAUCGGUCCAAGAAUCUGCGUGGUGACCUGACCAAUGCCAGCAGCAUAAGGCGCACAAAACGCAAAUCAAAUUCUGGACUAAAAGGCAGCGUAUCGCAGGAAAAUCGCGUGACGAUCACACUUAUUGCGGUGGUGUUAAUGUUCAUAGUUUGCCAAUUGCCUUGGGCGAUCUAUUUGAUAGUCAAUCAGUAUAUGGAAAUUCAAAUUGGCACUCAGGUGGUGGCGGGAAAUGUGUGUAACCUAUUGGCCUCCCUACAUGCGGCAUCCAAUUUUUUUCUAUACUGUGUACUUUCCGAUAAGUACCGAAAGACGGUUCGAGAACUGAUAACGGGAUAUCGCUAUAGACGUCGACAUGCGCGUAACAAUACGAGUCUCUAUGUGCCGCAUACAACGACUACACUGACCCAAAUAAAUGGCGAUCAUUAUGGUAGUAAUUAUGGCGGAGCCGGAAGUCGUCGAAAUCGUAAUACGGGUCGCCUGAUAGCGUGAAUAGUGAAUAUUUAUAAUAAAAUAUUUAUGGUUUUAAACUCCAUGAGAGGAGUGAUAGAUGAUAUCAUGAAACUUCUCAUGAAACACGAGAAGAGGGCUUUAAAUUUGCCAGCAAAUCACGCGGAAUCACAAGUGAGAUGAUUGAAUCAAAAGUGAUUCAGUUGAAGCGUGCGGUUAGCUGAAAAUUUAAUUUGUUAUAUCAAUCGAUAUCUAUGUAUAUCAGUCUCUCUAUAUAUACGAUAUAUAUAUACUACAUAACAUACAUUGUGCCAUAAUGUGAUGAUUAUAGAUUUAUGCUAGUUAACCUAAACGUAAUUGUUAUCCUAAGUACUAAACGCAUCAAAUCAAAUACACGCAAAAUACACAUACACACACAUACAAAUUAACAAAGGCCCAUUGAGAGUUUUGCUAUUCGCCCGUCCCACGGGGCGUAUGAAUAACGCAUCAAUGCAUAUUAACUUGGUGCCCAACAAAUUGUCGAAUAUGGUGGCAUAGUCCUUAGUUAGCAUAUCCUGCGAGACUGCGGCCAGUGGAAAAAGAUGCGAAAUGAAAGAGGAACUAUGCAGGAACAGAGAGAAAACAGGACCUUCUCAAUAUGAAGCUCGAAUCGUUGCAUUCCCUUCAGAUAACAACGGUUUCAAUAUUGUGUUGUAGCAUUUUUUGGGGCCAUAAACUAAUAAACAAUAUAUAUAUAUAUUUCCAAAACCAUUUUAUUCGCACAAACUUACGACAUACCAUCAAUUGUUUGCAAGGAUAGCAAAACAAGGUCGAGAUCUCGAUGAAAAGAUGUCCCCUUUUUACCUGCUAUUGCGUUAAUUGAAGUGUUGACAAUGGGCAGCUGCAAUCGCCAAAUCUCCAGUUGCCAGUUAGCAGCAGUUGAAUUGGGCUGACCGAUACCUAAUUGAAUGGCAGCCAAAAACCAGAUUCUUGCCCAUUUCCAGUUCCCAGCUUCCGGUUUUCCGCAUCCUGUUUGCUGGCCCAAAAAUGCCGUGCGAACAGCUGCUGCAAUCGAACUGCUGCAACUGCAGAUCCAACUAAGCCGAUAAUUGAAGGUGCUGGAUUUGGGCAGUGGGGAAUCUUUCAUGUCAACCUCAAACCGCCCAGCCUUCCAGGAUAAUUGGUUCGUUGGGAGCUGGGAGCUGGGAGUUCGGAUUGAGAGCUGGCCAUCGAUGGCGAAUGCUAAAAUACAAGUGAAAAUCUUUUUUGGAAUGCCGGCAAUAAAUUUCGAAAAGGGGAAAAUGUGGAAAAGCGAAAUCUAAACCAUCCACACACGGAAAGCCACACACAAACGUAAUGGAGUAACAAACAUUUGCGGUUUACUGCAUUGCUAUUUCCAUCCACACAUGCACAGCGGUGGUCACGAAAAUAGGUCUACUUCAGUAAAAUCCCAAAUUUCAUUUCAGAGAAUAGAGGUUUAUCUUAAAAAUAUUUAUCGC